GUUGUAAAUUUUCUCAGUGAUGCGUACUUUCAUAGUUAAAGAAGGAUCCUGGUCCGAUUGAUUGACAUGGUUAUAAAGAAUCCUGCAAACGGAAUUUUAGACCGGUGUUAGUUGAUCAUAUAACCAAAAGGAAUUCACCUUUGGGAAUAACAUGAACUCCAAAUGAUCCAAUACUGCUGCGUUCACAGGGUUAUUAUCCCUCAAUAGGGAUGCAUGACUCGUCAUUCAGAUCAAGAGGCAGUCAAACUGUUGCUAAAGACUGCCACAGGAGGAAUAUCCAAAAAUAUAGUCGACCUACAAAACGUUGUUAAAGAAUCGGCUUGGAAAAGGUAUAGCAAUAGUAGACAAAAGGAUUUUCCAACGGCAGUAAAAAAGGUUCGAUUAGAUUUUGAUUGGACAGGUGUAAAAUUUAUUCCAACGAAACCUAAAUAUUCUGAUCACGGAACAGUUCAAUAUGAAUCAAAUAUUCUAUUUGAAUCAGUAUUCAAAAAUAAUAGCAACCAAGAGCAACACCAUUCCUUGAAAACUGAACAACAGACCACAGGAACAUGCAAGAGUUCAAUAACAAAAGGUUAUACAACUGGCUUUAAUGUUGGCCUGACACUGUCUGCACCUUCCGAUAUAGUGGGGACAACAGCUGGUUUUUCUAAAGGUUUCUCGGUUGAAAAUACGUUGGCAAAUGAAGAUCAAAGAACAAUGACUUGGUCGGCAGAAGGUGUGUUGUUAGUCGAAAAGCAAUCUAUGCUUACUGCAAAACUCCAAAUAACAGAAAAGCAAAGCUCUUAUACUUUUACAACUAAUGUUGCAGUAAAAGGAGAAGUUAUAGUUACGUUCUAUGAAAGAAAAAACAACAAAUAUCUGAUGGAAUACAGAGCACCAAUUAGAACCAUUUUAGUUCAAAAGAAAGAUAAGUUUAAGGAUGACAAAGGAAAAAUAUUUGUAGAAGACAUUGAUGGAACAGCUUAUGUGAAAGUUGAAGGGGAAUGUAUUUUCAAAUAUGGUAUCAAACAAGAAAUUAUUAUAAACCAGAACAGUAAUAAAGAACAAAAUGUUUUGUCCUGAAAUUCAAAAUAACAAUACAGAUGAUAAUUCCUACAAUUUGUAUAAUUAAAAAAAACAAAACUU